AUGAGGCCCGAAAUUGUUGAUUUACCCCCUUCCAAUCCUGAGGUUGAGCCAGCGGCUCAGAAUACGGAAAGCCUAUACGGAGAAAUAGAAAAACAAGAACAUACCGAACAGAGGCAAGAUGCCUUUGGAGAUGAGGAGAAUGCAGAAAUCAAGUACAAAGUUCUGAAAUGGUGGCAAGGAGGCCUCUUGAUGGUAGCCGAAACAAUUUCCCUAGGAAUCCUCUCUUUACCAGCUGCCAUCGCCGGUCUUGGUCUGGUACCAGGGCUUAUCAUCCUCAUUGGUCUUGGAUUACUUGCCACAUACACAGGAUAUGUCAUUGGACAGUACAAAAUGCGACACCCUCAUAUCUCAAGCAUGGCCGAUGCUGGUGAGGUGUUGAUGGGUCGUUUUGGUCGAGAAUUAUUCGGGACUGGCCAACUCCUGUUCUUGAUUUUCCUCAUGGCCAGCCACAUAUUGACGUUUACUGUUGCCCUCAACUCGAUUACCGGGCACGGCACUUGCUCGAUCGUGUUCGGUGUUGUUGGACUGAUCUUGUCUUUGCUUCUUUCCUUACCCCGAACUCUCGAGAAGAUGUCUUGGUUAUCCCUUGUCUCCUUCAUCAGUAUCUUCAUCGCCGUUAUGAUAACGAUGAUCGCGCUCGGAAUACAAAACAACGGGGCUCCGGUACAGGCGGUAGUUGAGGCCAAUCUGGUGACUGGAUUCAUGUCUGCAUGCAACAUUGCAUUUUCAUACGUCAGCCACAACACUUUCUUCACAUUCAUGGCGGAGCUCAAGGAUGCGAGGGAUUUCCCCAAGGCUCUUGCUCUGUUGCAAACCAUUGAUAUGACACUUUAUAUCGUUGCUGCUGUCGUCAUCUACCGCUACACCGGUGCCGACGUUGCAUCUCCUGCACUGGGCUCAGCUGGUCCAUUGAUCUCCAGGAUAGCUUAUGGAAUCGCUCUCCCUACGAUCGUGAUUGCUGGUGUCAUCAACGGCCAUGUCGCAGCAAAGUCCCUCUACAUCCGCAUUUUUGCUGGCACAGAUCGGAUGCAUAAGAGAGAUUGGAUUGCCACUGGAUCUUGGGUCGGCAUUGCGCUAGCCCUUUGGGUGAUUGCCUGGGUCAUCGCCGAGUCAAUUCCCGUGUUCAACAACCUUCUCAGCCUGAUUACUGCAUUAUUUGGUAGCUGGUUUACCUUUGGAUUUACUGGCAUGUUUUGGCUGCACAUGAACAAAGGGCUAUGGUUUUCGUCGCCUAAGAAAAUCAUGUUGACAAUUCUCAACACAUUCGCCAUCUGUGUUGGUAUCGCUCUGUGCGUACUCGGUCUUUAUGCGUCGGGAUCGGCCAUUCAUGACAACCCUGGCAGUUCUAGUUUCUCAUGUACCGCUGACAGUGCUUAG